AGUGAAGAUAUCAAUUUUAUUGCAGUUGCAAACAUACAGUCAAGAUAUUGUGCGCAAAUAAAUAAGACCGUGAUUGGUUUAUUUAGUACAUUAACUGAUUUUAAUUAGUUUAAUAUUAUUACAAAUAAAAAUGUAUUCUGUUAGAUUGCAAUAAGAUUAUUUGGAGUUUAUGAAGUGUUAUUCUUAUAAAAAUCGUCUUAGAUGUAUUUUAAUAGAAACAUGUAAAAGAAGUAAUCGAAAAGUUUACAUGUUGGUAUUUGAAAUUUCUGAUUGGUGAGCCACCAUCCUGGUUUCCAAAAACAUGAACUUUCAAACAUACCAUAUAAACGUACAUAUGAAAUUCUUUUCUUUUUGAAUUGUUCUUCUUUCAAUUACGAAUACAAUGUCGACCAAUUAAUAGUAUGUUAAUUAUCGGCUAAAUUAUGUAGUAUUUUUACCAACCUAUUAACUUUCGUCGCCAUUGUAUUUAUGUUAUAUGUGCGUGGUGGUAUUGCGUGUAGUUGAAGUAACAAAAUUAUGGUGUAUUUUUGAAAAAAACGUCAUCUAAAUAGUAGUCGAUAACAAACCGAUAAAUUUGUGUAACACGGUCUUAUCAUACUAGUCGUAUGUCAAUUGGAACUGGGAAUUUCUAGUGAUAUCGAGAGUAAUUAUUCAACGAUUAAACGAAGCGGUUAACGCGUUUAUUGAAUUUUAAUAACUUUAGCAAAAUUUUAAGAUUUACGUCUCAUGUAAACAGCACGAGAAUCUUUACAUGUCAUCCCGCUUAAUGAUCCUUAUUAUGUAAUUUAUGCAAAAGGGAAUGCUAUGCACAAAAAAUUGUGGUUAAAACUUCGUCGAGUUUGCAUUACAAGUGGUGUCUUUCGAAAAUGACUGACUUUUCUUCCUUUUCUACUUUUACGAGGGUAAUCAAUAAAGUAUUAAAUUUUGUAAAAUGUACUAUUAGAACCACUUUUGUGAUACUCAACAAUAUUUAUUGUAUACCAACAUAUGUAGUAUGGAUGACAUUAUUGUUCCCUGUAAAAGUUUAUCAACCACAAGUAUAUUGGAGAAUCGAAGGAUUAUUUUUCCAUUGGCUGUUAGCAAUGGUAUCCACGUGGACUUGGUCUGCAGGUUAUGAUAUAAUAGAACAAGGUGAUGAUAUACAAGAAAUUAUUAGUGAAAGAACAUUAGUAAUAGCAAAUCAUCAAAGUACUGGUGAUGUUCCUAUACUCAUGACAACAUUUAAUGCUAAGCCAAAUGUAUUACCUAAUCUAAUGUGGAUUAUGGAUAGGAUUUUUAAAUUUACUAACUUUGGUAUAGUUUCUAUUUUACACCAGGACUUCUUCAUUGUAUCUGGUCGAAAACAAAGGGAAGGGAGUUUAAAAAAGCUAGAAAAGCAUUUAAAAGAAGCAUAUAUUCCAUUGAGCAGAAAAUGGAUGGUUCUCUUCCCAGAAGGAGGAUUUUUAUGUAAAAGACGAGAGACAUCACAAAAAUAUGCUAAAAAGAAUAAUUUGCCAAUUCUUGAAAAUGUAACGUUACCGCGAGUAGGAGCAAUGCAAACUAUAUUUGAUACGAUUGGUCCAUCACAAGAAAAUAAUACAGCAGAACAACAAUUGAACAGUAGGCCAAAUAUGACGGCAGCUAAACCACAAAUCAAUUGGAUUCUAGAUAUAACGAUAGCAUAUCCUCAAGGUAAACCACUUGACUUACCAACAAUUAUAACUGGUUCACGACCACCAUGUGAAACAGUAUUAUUUUACCGAGUUUUUCCUAGUUCAGUGGUCCCACGAGAACCAGAAUUAUUGUCUAAAUGGUUAUAUGAUAGAUGGGUUGAAAAAGAAUCACUUUUGGAAAACUUUUACAAGUAUGGAUCAUUUCUUGGCACUCAAGCACCUGUCAAUGAAGGUUCUAAAAUCCAUCAGGAUCCAUUGAGAUUCCUAGUCCUUCAUUUAUUUUUUAUAACAUCUAGUUAUAUACAUUAUAAUAUGUUUACGUAUGUACUAUCUUGCUUUUGGUAAAGCGUUUUAUACUAUACAAGAAAUUACGUUCAGAUACGUAAGUAAAAUUAAAUUGUAGUAAAGUAAAAAUAUUCCUGCCUCAAAUAUUAUUCUUGAUGUUAACUAACAAAACUAACGGAUGUAUGGAUUGUCAAUUUCAAAUGAAUGUUUGUAAUCUAAUUAUGCCAUAGGUAGUGAAUUGCAAGUACCCGUUUCGUUACCAUUCAGGUUUAAUCGUCAUUAUUUGCCUAUUUUGUUGAUGGUACGAAUAUAAUUUCAAGUAUGCUUCAUAUUACAAUAAGUUAUCAACAACUUUAUGAAGGACUGGGAUCUCCAAAAAUAUUAAUUUGAGACACUUAUUUGCUGCUAUUUUUCCAUAUUGACUUCACAACAAUAACUUACAAUUCGCGGUAUAGUAUAAAACGCUUAUAUUUGAUAAACAAAAUUAAUAAUAAUAGUUCGUUAAUAAGUUUAUUUUACUUGGAUAACUAGUAAUUCAAGAUAAUAUCAGUCUAUUUUAUUAAGUAUCAACGCUUAAAUUUCUGGAUAUAUAAAGCUUCAUAAUAUUUUGCAUGAAAUACUAUUACGUUUUAAAAACGAUUCAAGUUUUUUUUUUAUAAUAAAUUCACGAUAAAAUUACACUUCAAUAUUCAUAUUGCCUAUAUAAAAGAAUAAUUUAAUGUUUGUUGAUUCAAUUAUAAUAUCUAAUGCUACUAGUUGCAUGAUAGUUUUAAAACAUUCUCUAUUGAUAUAAAUGUUAUCUUUUUAUUUGUUCAUUUAUUAUAAAUUGCAAAAAUGUAUCUAUAUUUGAUUAUUUGUCUGGAGGACUUGGCAGCAUUUCAGGCGAUUUUCAUAGUAUCCUGCACGUAUGUUUUGUAAUACGAUGUCUUAAAUAUUAUCUUGAAAUGGAAUUGCGAAAUGUAAUAGUAAAUUGUUACUGCUGUUUUGAAGCAGUGAUAGUAAAUACCAUUUCAAAGAAUAUCCAUUUAUUUGUGAUACAUGAUAAGAAAAAAGUAUUUUUCAAUGCGAAGUCAAUCAUAUAAACAUAAUUUUUUAAAUUACAUACUAGAAAACUUAUAUAAGUUCAUAACUCUAUGAAGAAGUAGAUGUGAAAUUUGACGUAAAUUGUUUUGAAACUUAGCAGAAAUAAAAAUAAAAUAAUAUCUUUGGAAAUCUGUCAAAAUAAUUAAGGUGUGUACUUUAUUGUUAAACUUCAACCAAUAAUAACGCUGUUCAGUGAAAGAAGACGAUACGUCAGCCGUGCCUUGUUCCUACGGACAAACCUCAGUGUUAAUUGUAUAUACGCAUAUGCAAAUCUCAUGCAUAAUUUUCAUAGUCAAAUCAACGCCUACAAUUAGUUCUUAAGAUAUUCAUAUUACAUCACUUUAUAAAGGAGGAAUUUUGCAUGUAUGUAGAAAUAAUAGAGUUAUUAAAGACAGGUUUUUAAUGCUGCCUAAUUGGUUAUUGUAAAAUAAACGUAUAGUCCAAAUCGAAAGCAAUUUCUAGACUGAUGGAUCAAAGAAGUAAUUAGCCAAUGCACACACGAAAUAAAUAUUCCUUGUCAUGGAAUAGCUGUAGUAGUUAAAUUUUGGUUAUGAUUAUUAUUAAUGGGAAAUUUUUAAAAUGUAACAAAUUCAAUAAGAUCAAUGUUGAUAUCAACUGAUAGACAUAGAUAUUAUUUAUGUAUAAAAGAUUAAGUUUCUAUAAUAUACGAUUGCGCGCAUUAAAACACGGAAAUUUCGAACACAAAUUUAUAUGAAAGUGUGUUAUUAAAAUAUACUAUUAUUCCUGACAUCUUUUGCAUUUGAUUGCAUUUAAUAUAAAAUAUGUAGACACAAACUAUCUUCAAGUAUCUUAUAGGCAGUAUCAUGAUAGGAAAAAAUGAUCAAAUCAAAAGAAUUUAGAUUUGCGAAUUCACUGAUUUCUUGUAUCCUAUUUAUGUCAUAAAUGCAUUUUUACUUGAUAAGAUGAUAAAACGCUGUUAUUGUUUUAUUUAAGAGAAUACUUUAAAUCAUGAUGAAAUCUCUAGUCUUGGUAGCAAAUUUUAGAAACAAUAAAACGAGGUUCUAAAUAUGUCACCAAUUGUACUAUAAGGGAUUAUUAAAUUUAUGAAAAUAAUUUAUGUUUUUGCAUUAC